AUGCCGCGGGACUGGGGAGAUGGCUCUGGGCGCCCCAAGCGCCCCCUCGAGAAGUCCCGCGCGACCUCCCGCGCCUCGCCGGACGGCCACCGCCAGGAGGCUGACCUCCGUCGCCAGCUGACCUCCCGGGAGUCCCGGCGUUCCCCGGCGCGCGACGCCCAGCGCUCCCGCUCCCCCGCCCGCGACUCCCGGCGCUCCCCUCCGCGCGAUUCGCGCCGUUCCCCGCCCCGUUCUGACCGGCGCUCCCCGGCGCGCGGAGAUGGCCGGCGCUCCCCGCAGCGGGAUGUGGACCGGCGCUCUCCCGCGCGGGAGAGCCGCCGCGACCGCGCCCGCUCCCCUUCGCCCAUCGAGUGCCCCAACCCGCUGAUGUGCUACCUCUGCAAGGGCUCGGGCCACCCCGCGGCCCUCUGCCCGGACCGCCCGGUGUCGAAGGAGCUCAUGAUGUACGGCCACGGCAUUUAG